UCAUGGCCGAUCGACUAGCGAGGCGGAAGAAAGGCGGAAGUACUGCCCUAAACUCCCGGCGCUCCGGGUUGGAAGGCGGUGCGCAGAGCAUGUGUCAAAUGCUCAGAAAGGGGACCGCCCAUUAAGUGAAAGUGAAGUCUGUGUUGCUGUGGCAGCCACGGAGGCCAGGGACCUCACGGGAGUAAAAGAUGAUGGGACUGGCUUCAGGAGAAACACCAUCAAGAAGAGAACUUUCAAAAAACUUCUAGAGACUCCCCAAGACGUAUGAGAUGAAAGGCUCCUGUCUGUGUGCGUUUAACCCAUUUCUCCUUAUCCCCGAGAUUAGGCGCUGCUGUGCCUGCGACUGCAGCGUUUACGCCCGGAUAACGCGUGGAUUACAGUCCCGACUUUACUCCCAAAGUUUGCCACAAAAUAUCUCGCGUCUAUUAUUUUUGCAUGGUUCUAGUAUUUUGACUUUGAAAACAAAAGACAUCAUUCUAUUUAUAGCAUUCUGUUUUUAGUAGUGGCAUUACCAUUUACAAAAUAUACUAAUUCUCGAUCGCUGAAAUGUCAAAUCCGAGAAAACGUACCAUUCCUAUGCGUGAUGGUAAUACUGGUCUCCAACAGUUGUUGGCCGAAGAUUCAUUUGAUGAAUCUGAUUUUUCGGAAAUAGACGAUUCUGAUAAUUUUUCAGAUAGUGCUUUAGAAGAUGAUAAGAUCAGGCCUCUGUCCCAUUUAGAAUCUGAUGGAAAGAGCCCUACAUCAAUGGACUCAGGGCGUUCUCUGAAAUGGUCAACUCGUGCUAUGAUUCCACGUCAAAGGUAUGACUUUACCGGCACACCUGGCAGAAAAGUGGAUGUCAGUGAUCUCACUGACCCAUUGCAGUAUUUUGAACUGUUUUUUACUGAAGAAUUAGUUUCAAAAAUUACUAGAGAAACAAAUGCCCAAGCUGCCUUGUUGGCUUCAAAGCCACCUGGUCCAAAAGGAUUUUCACGAAUGGAUAAAUGGAAAGACACUGACAAUGAUGAGCUGAAAGUCUUUUUUGCAGUAAUGUUACUGCAAGGCAUUGUGCAGAAACCUGAGCUGGAGAUGUUUUGGUCAACAAGGCCUCUUUUGGAUACCCCUUACCUCAGGCAAAUUAUGACUGGUGAAAGAUUUUUACUUUUGUUUCGGUGCCUGCAUUUUGUCAACAAUUCUUCUAUAUCCGCUGGUCAAUCAAAGGCCCAGAUUUCACUGCAGAAGAUCAAACCUGUGUUUGACUUUCUUGUAAAUAAAUUUUCAACUGUAUAUACUCCAAACAGAAACAUUGCAGUUGAUGAAUCACUGAUGCUGUUCAAGGGUCCAUUAGCUAUCAAGCAAUAUGUCCCAACAAAACGCGUACGAUUUGGUCUGAAGCUAUAUGUACUUUGCGAAAGUCAAUCUGGUUAUGUGUGGAAUGCGCUUGUUCACACAGGGCCGGGUAUGAAUUUGAAAGAUUCAGUUGAUGGUCUGAAAUCAUCACGCAUUGUUCUUACCUUGGUCAAUGACCUUCUAGGCCAGGGGUAUUGUGUCUUCCUCGAUAACUUUAAUAUAUCUCCCAUGCUUUUCAGAGAAUUACAUCAAAAUAGGACUGAUGCAGUUGGGACAGCUCGUUUGAACAGAAAACAGAUUCCAAAUGAUCUGAAAAAAAGGAUUGCAAAGGGGACGACUGUAGCCAGAUUCUGUGGUGAACUUAUGGCACUGAAAUGGUGUGACACAAAGGAGGUGACAAUGUUGUCAACAUUCCACAGCGAUACCGUGAUUGAAGUGAACAACAGAAAUGGAAAGAAAACUAAAAAGCCAUGUGUCAUUGUGGAUUAUAAUGAGAAUAUGGGAGCAGUGGACUCAGCUGAUCAGAUGCUUACUUCUUAUCCAUCUGAGCGCAAAAGACACAAGGUCUGGUAUAAGAAAUUCUUUCACCACCUUCUACACAUUACAGUGCUGAACUCCUACAUCCUGUUCAAGAAGGACAAUCCUGAGUAUACCAUGAGCCAUAUAAACUUCAGACUGACAUUGAUUGAAAGAAUGCUGGAAAAGCAUCACAAGCCAGGGCAGCAACAUCUUCGAGGUCGUCCAUGCUCUGAUGAUGUCACACCUCUUCGUCUAUCUGGAAGACAUUUCCCCAAGAGCAUACCGCCAACUUCAGGGAAACAGAAUCCAACUGGUCGCUGCAAAAUUUGCUGCUCCCAGUAUGAUAAGGAUGGCAAGAAGAUCCGGAAAGAAACACGCUAUUUUUGUGCGGAAUGUGAUGUUCCACUUUGUGUUGUUCCAUGCUUUGAAAUUUACCACACACAAAAAAAUUAUUAAAUACUGAUCAUCUUAUACAUAUCUGUUCCAUUAGGAUUAGAGACAAGUUCUGUUUAGAAGUAACUCCAAGAUUGGGAGGCCAAGCUGGGCAGAUCACCUGAGAUCAGGAGUUUGAGACCAGCCUGGCCGACAUGGAGAGACGGGAUUUCACCAUGUUGGCCAGAAUGGUCUCAAUCUCCUGACCUCAUGAUCUGCCGGUCUCAACCUCCUGAAGUGAUGGAAUUGCAGGCGUGAGCCACCACACCCGGCCCUAUCUUUUAUUUUCAUAUUGAAAACCAGUCAGAUUUGCUUCCGCCUCGAAGAGCGCAUUUAUGUAAAAUUAGAUGAGUGCAAGCAGUGAGCAGAACUUUUGUUUUUUUUGUCCUAAAUGGGAAAUGGGAAGAAGAGACUGUCUCUGCACAAAAAUAGCUGGAAAAAUACAUAAGUGUUACCUUUUCUGGUGAAAAGGGUAGGAAGACAAUUUAUCUGAUGCUACACUAUGCUUCCUGUUGUAAUUGCUUUACUGUAAACUAAACAACAAGGUUGUAGUGGGAGGAGGGGGGUUGCUUGCUGUCAGUGUUGAUCUUUGGGGCCUUAGCCAAGAUUUUAGACAUCAUUUGCUCCAGUCCUUCCAUUUUCUUUCUGGUCUCAAAAAAAAAAAAGAAAAGCAAAGUAACUUGCCUAAGAUUUUCUUGGCCCUAAACAUGGCUGUCUCUACUACAGAUCCCUAUUGAAGGUAAUGCAUGUUUUAGCCUGUGCACUCUUUUAAGAGUUAACAUCCUGGAGAAGACUAACAACUGAAAAAAGAGAUUCAAGAGUCAAGUACUCAGCCAUGGCAGGGGAUGAGGACAUGGUGCCUAGAGCCACCCCUAUACUCGAGUCUUCCUGGCAUCAGCUACUGCAGCAUUGGGGUACUUUCCCUUGUCGUUUUCUGAAGAUAGUUAUUUCUUCAUAUUUGAUGGUUGGAAGGAGCAACAUUGCUCAGAAAAACAAACAAACACAUUUGACUUUCGUGUCUGCCAGAUAAAUCUCUUAUUUGCCAGGGAACUGGUAAUCUAGGAUCAAGAAGUGUGUGGAGAAUGUUUAUUUUCAUUCUUUUUACUUUAAAAUAUGCUUUUGUUUUUGAAUAGAUAAGACAUUCAAGUGUCAGAAAGUAAAAGUCAGUUCAGGACCAAGAAAGGAAAGAUCAGUGCUAAUUUUAAUCAGACAGUGAUGUACCUACUAGAUACAGAUAGGGCCAGUGGCAAGGCCAUCAGAAAACUUUUUCCCAAGUCCACACCACACCUGCAAAAUACCUAAUAACCUUUUUUUCAGUGAUUACUGCUUUUUUACCAAUGACUUCGCUUUGUUCCACUUGCCUCUGAACAGAUUGCUGAGAUACUCAAUCCAGAGCUGAUCCUUGCUUCCCUAGACUCUCCUCAGUCAUUCAACAGAAGCCCAAAUACUGUAAAAGUUCCUUUCUGUUCCCUCUUACUGUGAUAUCUUUGGUUUCUCUGGUGUGGAGUCUUCUUUACAGCAGCAAACUCAUAAGCUGAACUUUGACUGCAGGUGUGUUCUUUGGUGGUCUUUAUCUGAUAGACUUUGUCACAUGGUACAAUAUUCAAAAGGUAUUAAAAAAAAUUUCUCACCUACUUCUCUCCUUAGUCACCCAAUUCUCAAGAAGCAAUCAGUGUUAUCAUUUUCCUGAGUGUUCUUCCAGAAGUAGUAAAUUAUCUGCAGAAAAAUACAUAUAUUAAAAAUAAGGCUAGGCACUUAUUUUUAAGUGGCAUUUUAAUAAUGGCAUGCCUGUAGUCCCAGAUACUUAGGAGGCUGAGGUAGGAGGAUCACUUGAGGACAGGAGUUUGAAGCUGUAGUGUGCGAUGGUAGCAGUCCUAUGAAUAGCCAUUGCACUCCAUCCUAGGCAACAUAGCCAGACCCUGUCUCUAAAAAAAAAAAAAAAAAGAAAAAAAAUACACUUUUUUUUUCAUUUAAAAAAAUCCAUAUAUACAUAUAUAUGUAUAUAUAUAGUAUGUGACCAGUUGUGUGAAAAAAGAGGCAAAAUAUGUAUUUAUUGAAUUUAUAAUAUACAAAUAACAUUCUAGAAAUAAAAGUAUUAAUAUAAAAUAUACUAUAAUAUAUAAUGUAUUACCCAACAUGAUUAUAUAUAACUAUAAUGUGUACUGUGUUUUACAUAUAUAUUUCCACAGCAUACUAUAAAUGCAAUUCUGCACUUUGCUCUUUUUACUUAAUAUAUCUUGGAAGUCAUCCUUUAUUAGUAAAGAGUUUCAUAAUUCCCUUUUAUGGCUGCAAAAUGUCCCAGCUUAUGGAUGGACUGAUUCUUCAUUGAGCAACAGUAAGAUUGUGUCCUAUUGUACUAUUCCUAAUUUUGCUGAAGUGAAUUUCUUUUGCCACGUGAUUUCCAGAGUGUACAUAUGUAGUAUAACUAGUACUAGCAGAAAGUAGAAUUGCUAGAUCAAAGAAUAUGUGCCUUUGUAAUUUUGAUGAUACUGUGAAAUCUUCUUCCACAGAAGUUGUUGCAACUUUCACUCUCACCAGCAAUGUGUAAGAUGGCUUGCUCCUCCUCACCAACAAUGUUAUCUUGCCAAGCAAAUAAAUUAAAACUGAUAUAUCA